CCAUGAUGUCCAUCGCAUUCGGAAGCCAGGUAAUGCACCAUAAGAAACGUGUCGAAUCAACCAAUUAGGGGUCUGGUGUCCGAGUCAUGAGAUAGAACAGGUUCGAGGUUGUUAUAUAUCAAUCAAUAAUUAGAGAAGGAGCCGGUCUCUUGUGUUGAGUUGACUCGAUGAAGAGCUUAGGAGUUAGAAAGGGUGCAUGGACCCAAGAAGAGGAUGUUCUCCUGAGGAAAUGCAUUGAGAAAUAUGGAGAAGGAAAGUGGCAUCUGGUUCCCCUCCGAGCAGGGUUGAAUAGAUGCCUAAAGAGCUGCAGAUUGAGAUGGCUCAAUUAUUUGAAGCCAGAUAUCAAGAGAGGAGAGUUUGCAUUAGACGAGGUUGAUCUCAUGAUUAGGCUUCACAAUUUGUUGGGGAACAGAUGGUCCUUGAUUGCGGGUAGGCUUCCAGGGAGGACUGCUAAUGAUGUCAAGAACUAUUGGCAUGGUCACCACCUGAAAAAGAAGGUUCAGUUCCAGGAAGAAGGGAGAAAAAAACCCCAAACACAUUCUAAAACCAAAGCUAUAAAGCCUCACCCUCACAAGUUCUCCAAAGCCUUGCCAAGGUUUGAACUAAAAACUACAGCUGUGGAUACUUUUGACACACAAGUAAGUACUUCCAGUAAGCCAUCAUCCACGUCACCACAACCGAAUGAUGACAUCAUAUGGUGGGAAAGCCUGUUAGCUGAGCAUGCUCAAAUGGAUCAAGAAACUGACUUUUCGGCUUCUGGAGAGAUGCUUAUCGCAAGCCUCUGGACAGAAGAAACUGCAACACAGAAAAAGGGAACACAUUCUAAAACCAAAGCUAUAAAACCUCACCCUCACAAGUUCUCCAAAGCCUUGCCAAGGUUUGAACUAAAAACUACAGCUGUGGAUACUUUUGACACACAAGUAAGUACUUCCAGUAAGCUAUCCACGUCACCACAACCGAAUGAUGACAUCAUAUGGUGGGAAAGCCUGUUAGCUGAGCAUGCUCAAAUGGAUCAAGAAACUGACUUUUCGGCUUCUGGAGAGAUGCUUAUCGCAAGCCUCAGGACAGAAGAAACUGCAGCACAGAAAAAGGGACCCAUGGAUGGUAUGAUUGAACAAAUCCAGGGAGGUGAGGGUGAUUUUCCAUUUGAUGUGGGCUUCUGGGAUACACCCAACACACAAGUAAAUCAUUUGAUCUGAUUUAGACCAUUGUUAUCUUAAUGUUUAAGUUCAAAAGUUGUUCUUGCAUUCA